AUGCUCGCCGUUAACAAUGACAGCAAACUCCUCAUUUCCAUCCGAUUGACCGAUGUUCUGCGCAACUCGGGCAUUGCAGCUGAUAUAAUUUCAACUAAUGCAGCAUCAUGUAUCAUCUUCGUCAAAGUACCCAGCCCCGACUGUACGCUCCUCGCGCACUUCGAGAAUGCCAGAGAUUUUCACCUCUCCGUCUACGUGCUCGAGAUGGCUGGGUUUGCCAUCAACAGCGAUGUGCGGACUUCUACUCUUGAUCUCGUUGACCCGGUCCCUUUCCCGAAUUCCGAGAAUUCUGGAAACGCCAACCCAAUGAGACUAUCGUCAAUCACAAAUUUUCCGUCCAUGAGCCAACCCGAGCUCUUUUCCCAGGGUCAACUACAACGGGUUGCUAGUUCCACCCACGUCGAUCCGUACGGCAAUCAUUCUCUACGAAGAACAGAAUCAGUCCCAACGCAGAAUUUCAGCGAUUUUCUGCCGUCCACUAGAAUUUCGCAACCUCCUGUUGAGCUGAAUCCCUACAACUACUUCGCUUCCGAUAGAUUCUUUUCCGUGGCGUCUUUUAUCAAGCGCAACCUCGGAACGGCCAGUUUCAACGCCAGGCUUGCACACCACCCCAUACGGCGACAAUGA